AGGGCGCAUGCGUGGCCGCCGAUGCCCUGAGAGCGGCUGCUGCAGGGGGAGCGUCUCGCAUCGUCUCGCUGCAGAAAGAUGUAUCUUUUCAUCUGCUUUAGAAGAAGAGGAGGAGACCAUCUGCAUGACUAACUAAGUUCUUCAGAUAACCAGGAUGCACUUCCAGUGGGAUUGGCUGUGCUUGGGUGUCCUGAUAAUCAGCUCGGUGACUGCAGAAAUUAAAAAUGAGGACGCUCUGGAUGCAGAUGUUGAAGUGGAGGAUUUUGACAAGCAGUCUCAAGAAGCUGAUGUUGACAGAGAUAAAUCUCCCUUAGAGGUUGUAUACCAGACUCCAAAGCCAACUGGGGAAGUGUAUUUUACAGAAACCUUUGAUGAAGGAUUGACUGGGUGGGUGGUGUCUAAAUCCAAGAAAGAAGACACAGAUGAUGACAUUGCUAAAUAUGAUGGAAGAUGGGAGGUAGAAGAGCUGAAAGAAAACACAGUGCCUGGAGACAGAGGAUUAGUGUUAAAAUCAGUGGCAAAGCAUCAUGCAAUAUCAGCUAUGCUAACAAAGGCAUUUGUUUUCGAUGAUAAACCUUUGAUUGUCCAAUACGAAGUGAAUUUUCAAGAAGGCAUCGACUGUGGCGGUGCAUAUAUUAAACUUCUCUCUAGUAGUGAUGACUUGAAUCUGGAAUACUUUUUUGACAAAACACCUUAUACUAUUAUGUUUGGACCAGAUAAAUGUGGCGAAGUUUACAAACUACACUUGAUCUUCCGACAUAAGAACCCUAAAACUGGAGAAUAUGAUGAAAAACAUGCAAAACGUCCUGAUGUAGACCUAAAAAAAUUCUAUUUGGACAAGAAGACGCAUCUCUAUACACUUGUGAUAAAACCAGAUGAUACAUUUGAAAUGUUAAUUGACCAAUCGGUUGUCAGUAAAGGAAGUCUUCUUAGCGAUAUGGUACCUCCAGUAAACCCUCCCAAAGUAGUAGACGAUCCUAGUGAUAAGAAGCCUGAUGAUUGGGAUGAAAGACCGAAAAUACCUGAUCCAAAUGCUGUCAAACCGGAUGACUGGGAUGAAGAUGAGCCUGCCAAAAUAGAAGAUCCUGAUGCUGUUAAGCCUGAGGGAUGGCUUGAUGAUGAACCACAAUAUGUUCCAGACCCUAAUGCAAAAAAGCCAAAGGACUGGGAUGAAGAAAUGGAUGGGGAGUGGGAAGCCCCUCAGAUCCCUAAUCCAAAAUGUGAGACUGCCCCUGGUUGUGGCCCUUGGGUGCGUCCCAUGAAGAAUAACUCAAAAUAUAAAGGAAAAUGGAAAGCACCUCUGAUAGAUAAUCCUAACUAUCAGGGAAUCUGGAGCCCUCGGAAAAUACCUAACCCAGCCUACUUUGAAGAUCUCCACCCAUUCAAGAUGACCGCUAUCAGUGCUAUUGGUUUAGAACUCUGGUCUAUGACAUCCGAUAUCUACUUCGAUAACUUCAUUAUAUGUUCCGAAAAAGAAGUAGCAGAUCGUUGGGCGGCAGAUGGCUGGGGCUUGAAGAAUUUAGUAGCAAGUGCUAACAAGCCUGGUAUGUUUAGUCAACUGUUGACAGCUGCAGAAGACCACCCAUGGCUCUGGGUUCUUUACAUCUUGACUUUAGCUCUCCCUGUUGGUCUAGGUGUGUUGUUCUGCUGGCCAGCAAAGAAAACAGAUGAGGAUAUUGACUUCAAAAAACCUGAUAUAUCUAAACAAAUUACAAAGGGAGAACUUAAACAAGAGAGAGAGGAGUUCGAAGAUGAUGAAAUAGAAGAAAAAGAAAAUGAAGAUACUGCUGAAGAGGCAGUGUAUCGCAUGCCUGCAGAGAUCUGUCCUGCUGCCCCACGGGAGAAAUCAGUGGUUCAGCAGGUUGAACUUUGGCAUCCAAGAAUAAAAUCAUCUUGUGUUACUCCAUCGAAGAUUACCGAAGAAAUUUAUGACGAAGAAGAAGAAGAAAAUGAAGUUGCAGGUGGCAGUCAAGAAGAAGGUGAUAGGUCAAAUAAAUCUGGUUCAGAAGAUGAGAUGAAAGAAGCUGAUGAAAACACAAGUUCUGGAAGUGGUGCACCGAAAUCAGUGCGCAAAAGAAGGGUACGAAAGGACUAAGUUAUUUCUAGCUAGUAUUUAUAGGUCUAGAUUAUAGUAAUUUUUGGUAUUCCACUUCAGAGACCCUGACAGCAUGCACGUUCCUGACGUUUGAAGAAAAGGGGGGGGCUCAUUGCUACUUAACCUGCUAUUCUAAUUCUCUAACCUCUUUGAACCUUUCUAAAGUUCCUUAGUUCCUUUUUUUAAGGAGAAAUAUAAUACUGUCUGUGAGGAGAGAGCUGAUGCUUUGAAUUCCGAAUAAAAGUAAAAUUACAUGUUGGCCAACUGCUUUUAAGCUGAAGAUUUCUAAGAUGUGAAGAUUCCUAGAAAUUAGUAGUAGUUGGAGAUAAACUUACUCUAAAUAUUUUUUAAAAAUGUGAAUAAAUUAUAAUAUUUUUGCAGCUCUACCACAAAAUUAGCUGUUUGUACUUCUCAGCUAAAAGAGGAUGAUGUUGUAGAUGUAGCAUCUAUAGCGGUUCACCUUGCUACGAGAAAAGGAAUGCGUUCCUUUGCAGAGCUAACUGCAAUAAUUGGUUUUGUAUGGUGAUUUAGUGCUACUAUCAAUUUUUAUUGUAAAAUAUGUAUUUUAGUUGCUCUUAUUACAUGGGUGGUCACCUGUUCACUUUAUGCAUUGGUUAGAGUAAUUUAUUUUUAAGAGCUAUUUUAAAAUAGAAUGCUCAUAGGACAAGUGGUAAUUGAUGUGACUUGUUUUACUUUUGAAUGCAGAUACCAAAUCUGCAGAAGUGAUAAUACAGAUAAUUUUUUUAGACUUUUAUAGGUCUUGUGUUCCAAUUCAGAAUGGUAUAACCUCUGUUUAUAGAGUAUUUGCUGAGUGUACAAUGCCUCCUAAAAAUAUUUAAUAAUUCUUGCUUAACAUGAAAUUUAUUAAUAUAGAAUUUUUGAUGGUUAUGUUUUUUACAGAUGUGAGUAACUGGGCAUUCUCAUAAUAUAGUUUAAAUAAACUCCAUAUUGUAAAAGAAAUUUUUUUGGUAACGUUCAGCUGUAUAUUAAAAUAAAACAAUAAAGCUGCAGUUAGCAGAAAACUCUUGCUGCUUGGCAGCUGCCUGUAGUAAUUGUAGCAUGUAAAAUGCUAGCGAAAGCAGUCAUAUAUUAAAAACAUUAUUGUGAGGAACAUAGCAGAUUCCCUUGUGCCUGGCAAGAAGUUAAUUCACUUAAAAAAGAAAUAUUUUCACAGCAAAUCGUCACUCUUAUUUAAGAGUCUACGUGCAAAAGGUAAGAAGUGAAGACUCCAUAUUCCUCUUCCUGCCUGUAACUUCAGAUAGAAGUUUUUACCGGUGCAGUAUCCUGCUAUGAACUGCUACUGUGAGCUAUAAGGGAGCACUCCUCCCUGUGGACCUGAUAAAAGCCCUUUGGAAUUGUUACAGCAUUUGGAGGGAUGGGUUUUGUUAGUUUUUGGGGAUUUGAGUGGGGUUUUUUUGGUGGGAUACAGUUACUCCACAGGAGACACUAGUCUUCCUUUAGGGCUUUGAAGUUCCUGUAAGUCCUGAUUAAUGCCCUGUUGACAUCUUUGCUUCACAUCAGUAAGUAAGGAGCCAGGGAAAAUCAUCUUGUGAGGCCAUAAUUCAAGGGUGCUGUUUGCAAUUAAUACUGAUUCUGUAAGGCCUAUCUCACUUUAAUACUGAGUUAAUGACUUCAGUUUCCUGGAACCUGGAGAUAGAGGACAUUCUUCUGCACAUCAGCUUACUUGGAUCUAGUCUUAUUCUAGUGAUUACAGGAGAAAUAAAGAUCUCAUUACCUGGGUAGGACAAGGUAAAAUCUCUUCUGUUCUUACUUGGCUUAAAGUUCUCCCACAUGGAUAGGUACAAGUUCGAUGCAGUUUACCAACUCUUUUUGUUUAGCCAGAAUAGAAAUGUGUAGGAUUUGUGGGUGAAAAUACCAAAUGAGUCAGGAACUAGAAGCUUGCUGAAAACAGAUUAAUUUAAGCAAGUUUAGUCUUAAUACUUGCUAAUUACAUCUGAUCGUUCAGAUGUUUCUGCUAUGUAGAAACAAUUAAGAUGAUGGCAAACCCUACAGCUUUUCCACCUUUUGAAUGCAGACAGUUAUGAGAUGUUUUAGGGUUUACAAAUGUUAAACCAAACUAAUCGAGACAAAUCAAAAGUUUUUAUUUAUUGUAAAGUCAGAAUACACAUCUUUAAAAUGUUUAUAAGUUAAAUGAAGGCCACAGUAGUGGGAUGUAAAAUGGUAUAUAGAGGAAAUGACUACUUAUAUACACAGUGAUGGAUAAAAUAGCACUAUCCAGGCUUACGAUACAAAACCAUAAUUUUCAUAUUACUUGAUCUCUGGAAAUUGCUGAAGUCUAACAAGCGCAUGCUCUGUUACCACUUGAUCUCCUACAGUGCAGAUGGAGAUGUGCAGUGACAUGGCUUUAAAGCUACGAUAGCCAUAAUGCAAUGCAGUCUUCAGAAGUGAAGUGUUUGACGUGAUCUUUUUUUAAUGCUCAAACCCUGGACUAACCACGUGACCUACUCUACUUGUUAGCAAUUCUUGAGUGAAUUUAGCGUUCCGGACAGGCGGUAAAGUGUGAGAGAGCAGUCCAUAGAAGAUUAAAAAUAUUUCGAAUAUUUACAGGACCCCAAGACACAAAUGGUAUCAAUAUCUGUGCCUUGGUGGGUAAAACUUUUUUCAUCGUCAGGUUUCUUGACUCAGACUUGUGAACAGCCCUCACAACUGAACUAUUAAGUGCUUUGUUUACUGUCAUAUGAUUAUGGUGACACUCCAGUGAGCACUGUACAGUCAUCUUCAACAGGGAGAAAUGGGAGACCUCUCCUUUGGGAGGGGGGAACCUCACAACUUCAGCUUACACUUGAAACACACCAGUGCGUAGCUGCCAAGAAACUUGGGGUUUGAAAGGGAUUUAUUCUACUGUUACAUCUACUCAUGCAGUGCUU